AUGGCGAACACUAGACCCCCAGACCUCGCGACGUGCGAGAUGCUCCGUAAACUCAUGAAAUCUGCUCGAGACGAUCACCUUACCGACCCCCAGAUACACUUCCUGAGCGGAACCGUCACUUCUGCCAACGUUGAGCACAACAUCAAAACGCUUCACAAGGUCAACAAAGCCAACAAAGACAAAACCAACAAAGACAAAGCCAACAAAGACAACGCUCAGCCAAGGAACCCACGCCCUACUGUCGCUCAACAUGGUUCGGCGAUCAAACGUCAAGAACAUUCCGCUCUAUACAAGCACACGUUACCAGUCCCCGCUGAGGAAGGAGCUGUGAUCUGUGCAGACACAUUCGAACGACUGAAUGCUGAAGAUAUCAGAGCACUCCACAAACUCAUCAACGUCUGCCCAUUCCAUCUGGCUUCUCAACCGUGUGUCCACGCAAAGGAAUGCUAUCUCCUACGCAUCUGUUAUAACGACGGUUGCACAUACGGUGAUCGGUGCAGGGGCUCACACGACUUCAAAACUACCUGCCAAUCGGUCCUGGAGAGCAAACAAUGCAACCACGAAGCUGAGCACGGAACCAAGUGCCCGAAAAACCACGAUUACAAAGCUCGCCUCUUCAUGAGUGCAAUGCGCAAACCCCACGAGCUUGGCUUCUAUAGUGCGAAAGUCCAGACUCUUGCUUUUGCACUCGGGUCUGCCGAGCAGAUGGAAACUAGGUCCGAGGUCACGAUAAUCAACGGGAAUGUCCAGGACUUCUAGGAAAAGUUCCGUCAGCAGAUGCAAGAGAGGCUUCUGGAUAUAUCGGAGGCUGCGGAGGCUGCGGUCGACAAUGGCGAUUUAACGGAUCCAAAUGAUGUCGAUGACAGUGGCGUGGAUCUCGAGGAGCUUUCUCUUGACUCAUAAGUAUGACUGAGAUGGUUGAAUGAUGGGGUGAUCAACUCCUCAUAUAUGAUCGAGACGAGGCUACUCCGCGCUGUCAUUACUACCCAAAUAGCUCUCCCUUCACUCUUUUAUGCACAACAGCACUUCUAAUACACAUUCUUGUCACCAUACCUCUUGAUGACUGCUUGUUCCGGCCAUUGAAUUCAUGUUGUCAGAAAUAUCACCAUGAUAGAGUAUCUUAUCUGAUUCGCUGUGAGUCAUCAAAGCUCUCCCCACCUUUCCACCAACCACACCUCCGCUCAAGUAUUCACAUCAAUCAUGAUCUCCAUUCUUUGAUCCUACC